AUGGUACCAAUGAUUUUCAUCAGUACAUACCAUGAGGUGGCCAACGCCGCUAGUACUGCUGACCUUCGUGGUCCUCAGCGUAAAAAGUGAAGAUUUUUCGGCUAGCGAGGAAGAGGUGCCAAAGGCAGUCCCCAAAUCAGGGGACGUGGUUUACUUGAUUGAUGUUAUUUCCCCUGUGGUGGACCCUAGUACACAAGACGACGGUAUCAGCAAUGAUAUCAGUGCAGUUAAAGAAUACAAGCACAGUUUGCUUUUGGUGAGACCCAUUCCAGCUGAUGAAGCCGGAGAUGGAGUUUACUUUAGACCCCAAAAUGGCAAACCGUUGGAUGAACCUCAAACUUUAAAGGUGUCUCCCCCAAAAAUUCGCAGACGUCGUUCCUAUAAUAAAGGAAGCAGCGGCGGUGGAUUCGGAGGUGGCGGUGGAGGCGGGGGCGGUGGCUUCGGCGGCGGUUUUGGAGGCGGCAGUGGAGGAGGUUUCGGAGGUGGAUUUGGAGGUGGUAGCAGUGGUGGAGGCGGCGGAGGAGGCGGCGGCGGAGGCGGUCUCGGUUCACUUUUAGCCGGACUUACAGGUGGCGGACACGGGGGUCAAACUGGAGGUUACGGCGGUAACAGUGGAUACGGCGGCGGUAAAGGGGGCGGAGGUGGAAUAGGUGGCGGCGGUGGUUUCGGAGGCGGUGGAGGCGGCAGCCCAGGUGGCGGUGGAUACGUAAAACCCCAACCACAAGCUGUGCUCAUACCCAUUGGAGGCGGCGGUAAAGGAGGCGGAGGUGGUUAUGGAGGUGGCGGAAGCUCAGGUGCCUACGUCGCUCCUGGAGGAGGUUAUGGAGGACAAGGAGGUGGCCUUGGAGGCGGUGGCGGUGGAGGAAUAGGCGGCGGUGGCGGCGGUGGAAUUGGUGGUGGUGGUUCGUCAGGUGGAUACGGUGGCGGACCCGGAGGCGGCUAUGGAGGCGGUAAAGGAGGCGACGGAUAUGGCGGGGGCGGUGGUCUCGGCGGAGGCGGUGGUCUCGGUGGAGGCAGUGGUCACGGUGGAGGCGGUGGUCUCGGUGGAGGCAGUGGUCACGGUGGAGGCGGAGGUCUCGGUGGAGGCGGUGGUCUUGGAGGAGGCGGUGGACUUGGCGGAGGCGGUGGUAGCCAUGGUGGCUACGGGGGACCUGGUAGUUCCGGUAUUUCAUUUCCUGGAGGCGGUGGAUCCGGAGGUGGUGGUGGAGGAGGCGGUGGUGGAGGAGGAGGCCUCGGCGGAGGUUCUUCCGGCGGAAACUACGGAGGUGGUAACUACGGAGGUGGUUCCCAUGGUGGAGGUGGUUCCCAUGGUGAUGGUGGUAACUAUGGUGGCAGUGGAGGUUGUGAUACCUGUGGUGGAGGCGGCAAAGGUGGUGCCUAUGCCAGUGCCAAAGCUACUGCCUCUGCAGGAAGCUAUGGAAAAUAACCAUGUCAAUUGAGUAAAUGCAAAAAUUGUAUUGUAAUAUAGAUUAAGUUUGUACUGAAAUUUAUAAAUAAAGAUUUAUUUAAAAUAAACUCGUUAUUUUAAUUAUUUUGUUGUUUUUAUAAUAUUUUAUAAUUAAAAUUAAGCUUCAAG